UCUCCAUAUCAGGAUCCUAGUUGGUCUCAAUCUUACAUUCUCUUCAAAGUCGCACAUGUCCAGCGUAAUCCAACCGGCCGCUCCGAGCGGCAACCUGCAAGACGCAACUGCCUCCCGGAGUUUGACACCCCUGGCGGAGCUGGUCGCUCUCUCUGCUAAAAGAACACGAGCUGUCUUUCUCACGGAAAACGGCGAGACAGACUUGGGUGGUCUGGAACGAGCGAACAAGAUCAAGACCGCAUCAAAGCUCUCUCGCGAAUACAGGGAUGUCCAAAUUCUACCGCCUGUACUAGCUGCGAAACAUGGAGCAACUGUCGGUCCCAAACGCGCCGCCGGGCAAGUCGUGCAGGGUGCAACGACGGUGUCGGUGACAGCGUCGGGCCCGGGUCAAAAGCUGAUAGGCGCACCGGGACUCGGCUCUGAGCACGCAGGAGCGGAUCAACAGAAUGAAGCUACUUCGCAAGCCUUGACCUCCUUCCGGCACCAGCAAGGUUACUCGGCUGAGGGUGGCCAAGCGUCAAGCCGAUUGAGCCAAGCUCUGAUGAAGAAAAAGGAGCAGCGUGAAGCAAAGCCCGCUUACCAUGCCCCCUGGAAACUCAAAACGGUCAUAUCGGGGCACCUUGGAUGGGUUCGUUCUGUUGCGGUCGAACCUGGCAAUCAAUGGUUCGCAACCGGUGCUGGGGAUCGUGUCAUCAAGAUAUGGGAUUUGGCCUCGGGUGAACUGAAGCUGUCACUGACCGGCCACAUCUCGCCCGUAAGGGGCUUGGAAGUGUCAUCAAGGCAUCCUUACCUUUUCAGCUGUGGAGAAGACAAGAUGGUGAAAUGCUGGGAUCUAGAGGCGAACAAGGUGAUCAGGCAUUACCAUGGUCAUUUGUCCGGUGUAUACAGCUUGUCAUUACACCCAACGUUGGAUGUACUGGUUACUGCCGGUCGAGAUGCUACAGCUAGGGUCUGGGAUAUGCGAACGAAAUCCAACAUCUUCUCGCUGGCAGGCCAUACGGCUACCGUAGCUGAUGUGAAAUGCCAGGACUCUGAUCCUCAAGUCAUUACAGCAAGCAUGGAUAGUACAGUCCGUCUGUGGGAUUUGGCAGCUGGAAAGACCAUGACGACCCUUACGCACCAUAAGAAGAGCGUUCGAGCACUCGCAAUCGCACCCCACGAGUACAGUUUCGCCAGUGCGAGCGCUGGGGGGAACAACAUCAAAAAGUGGAAAUGCCCCGAGGGUACUUUCGUUCACAACUUCCCAGGGCACGAGGCUAUUAUCAACACCCUCAGCGUAAACGAGGAGGGCGUGCUGUUUUCCGGAGGCGACAAUGGCUCCUUGUCCUUUUGGGAUUAUGAGACUGGUAAACCGUUUCAACAUCUCAACGACAUUCCUCAAAGCGGCAGUCUGGAUUCUGAGGCGGGUGUGUUUUGCUCCACGUUUGACAAGACCGGAACACGCCUCAUCACCGGAGGAGCAGACAAGACGAUCAAGAUCUAUGCCGAACAAGCGUAAUGUAAUUCCCGUCACGUGAAAAAAGUUUGUCGCUUGGUUCCGCCUACGGGGAGCACGCCGUGACGAUCUUGACUUGGUUGUACAAUAUAAAUCACCGCACGACGACCGACAUGGCCCGCUAGAUAGGGGGUG